AUGUCAUCUCACAAGAAGCGGAGGAUUGAUGGUGUUGAGACACCCAAGCCUAUGAGUGCUAUAAGUGCUCUCGCCGCUCGUCGUCGCGAAGCAGCCUCGACUCCUCCAGCUACACAGAAAACCCCAGAGGCCAACGACGACGAUAAGCCAAUCGUCACCACCACCAACUAUUUCAGCCCCCUUCGAAGAAGCGACAGCCAAAAUGGAUCCUCGCCAACUCCUAAGAAGAGUGUUUCGAAACCUUCACGCCAACAACGAGUUACUGACUCGCUUGCUGCUCAUCCUAAAGCCACUGCGCUGGCAAGCAAUACUCCGGGUACUACAACUCCCGAAUCCACUGUAUCUCCUCAACGUGUGAUUCAGUACUCGUCUUUUCGUCUGUCGAAACAGAACCACCGGACCAAGUCUGGGGGCGUGGUAGACCUGCGGCUCCCUAACAGCGAGCGGUUUAUGGUGAUUGGGAGCUUCGGAGUUCGUGUAGUUCAAGGUGAGGUGACCUUGGCCGGUGCCACUCUGCGUCCCUCAGAGACAAUCGAAUGGGUUCACGCUCCUCAUUGCCAUGCCAUUCCGGUGUUGAGGACUACGGAGAACACGAGAUUGGAGCUUCAUCCAGAUUCAAAUUCGCGGGGCCUACGCCAACUUAGUCGCAUCUCUCCUCUAUUCAGGAGAAUGUGGAACGAACCCUCUGAAACAGGCUCGGGGAAGAAAACUUCAAGGGAAGCCACUUUCCAGAUUAUAUGUACCUCGGAAGAUGCACCUAAGAAGUGUAUACUCCAGGACCUGGUCUCCCCUCCCGCAUGGAACAAGAAGCUGGCUUCUUUAUUAUCAACAAGUCGCAAAAAGCCCUCUCUUUCAACGCUAGUAUGCGGCCCAAAGUCGUCAGGAAAAUCUACAUUUUCUCGACUCUUUGUGAAUCGACUAGUAACUGACCGGCCCCCAAGUCAUGCUCCGAAGAGGGUUGUGGUUCUCGACCUGGACCCAGGACAACCGGAAUAUGCGCCAGCAGGGACCCUGUCACUGGUUGUAGUCACGAAACCGAACUUGGGUACACCUUUCACACACCCUGGUGCCAAUACUCCCGCCUUUAAUAUUCGACGCUGCCAUUCUAUGGCCUCUGUUACCCCUGCUUCAGACCCAGACCUCUACUUGGCAUGUGCCAUGGAUUUGUUUGAUACCUACCGCAAGGACUUGGCCGACCUGCCACUUAUCGUCAAUACUCCCGGGUGGAUUCUGGGAACGGGCUUAGAUCUACUAUCAGAACUGAUCGAAAAAACGAGCCCAGGGGAAGUGUUAUACAUGUCAGAGGAAGGCCCUUUGGAGACAGUUGACGCCUUACGGGCUGCCACAAAGACAGCAUUCACAGAACUUCCCUCCCAGCAAUCCGAGUUCACUUCUCGAACGGCCGCACAUUUGCGAGCGAUGCAGACGAUGUCUUAUUUCCACCUCCAAGAAAUGGCUACAAGCUCACCAGAAGGAUCAAAACUAACCACGUCAACAAAAUGGAACCCGUCGCCUCUCUCUUGCAAGCCUCCAUUGCUUGUCAAGUAUUCAUCGCCAACCCGCGGAAUCCUAGGCUUUUUAUCCUACGACUACCAAUGUCCCCCGGAACUGUUGGCAGAUACAGUAAAUGGUCUGGUAUUGGCGGCAGUGGAGAUUGAAGAUACCAGAGCUUUCUCUGGAUUUUCUAACAUGGACGUUGAUAUCGGUGGCCCUGUGCCGCUCAUCUCCACGACCCCCGAAGGCCUCCCGUUUAUACCCAAUUACGACGAUGCCGCUUUAGAUCCCCGGCACUCUCGGACCAUUGGACUAGUCCUUCUACGGGGCAUUGAUACCAAGUCAAAUGCCCUUCAACUGAUCACUCCUAUUCCUCUAGAGGAGUUCAAGCGUGCUAGGUCACAAGGAAGGCACAUAAUCCUGCUUCACGGUAAAUUCGAUGCUCCGAGCUGGGCAUACACCGAAGACCUCUAUGAGAAAGCGGGUGCGGAUGAGGGAAGCAACGAUGUGCUUGAAGUUACGGAUGAAGAUACAGAAGACGACAGCUCGGAUGCUGAGCCGGAAGCGGCAGCGAAAGUCAGUGACUUGACAGAAGUUCCCUGGGUAGAGAUUCUGAAAGGGAGCGACAAACGGCCUGUAGGGUCUCGAGUAUGGAGGGUGAGAAGGGACCUCGGUCGCAACAACACAGGAGACUAG